AUGUUCGAGAAGGACAUAUACCAGCUGAUCCGCGGGCUCCGCGCUCGCAAAGGUACGGAGCGUGAAUAUAUCCAAGAAUGCAUUCGCGAAUGCCGGAAAGAGAUCAAGAGCCAGGACAUGGAUCAAAAGGCCACGGCGCUGCUGAAACUCGUCUACCUGGAGAUGUUCGGACACGACAUGUCUUGGGCAUCGUUCAACGUGCUGGAGGUCAUGUCUUCGGCCAAAUACUUGCAGAAACGUGUUGGAUAUCUCGCGGCGGUGCAGAGCUUUAGGCCAGACACAGAAGUGUUGAUGCUGGCGGAGAAUCUGCUGAAGAAGGAUCUCAAUUCCCCCGACAAGGUCACGAUUGGGCUACCCUUGGCAACCAUACCACAUGUGAUCAACACGAGCAUGGCAAAUUCGCUGCUCACGGAUCUGCUGCCCCGACUGUCUCAUUCCCUGCCCGCCAUAAGAAAGAAGACCAUUGUAACGCUGUAUCGGCUGGCUUUGGUGUAUCCCGAGACCUUGCGGCCAGCAUGGCCCAAGAUCAAGGAAAGACUGUUGGACGAGAAUGAAGACUCAAGCGUUACUGCCGCUAUCGUGAACGUGGUAUGCGAGCUGGGCUGGCGGAGACCGCACGAUUUCCUCCCACUCGCACCCCGACUUUUUGAGCUUCUGACAUCGGGAACCAACAAUUGGAUGGCCAUCAAGAUUAUCAAACUUUUUUCCGUGUUGACGCCGCUGGAGCCACGGCUAGUGAAGAAGUUGCUCCCUCCUUUGACGACCAUCAUCAAGAACACGCCCGCCAUGAGUCUGCUGUACGAGUGUAUCAAUGGCAUUAUCCAGGGUGGCAUCAUGGAGGCAGCCGAGGGAACGACAGAAGGAGAUGAGAUUGCUCGGCUGUGUGUAAACAAGCUGAGGGCAAUGCUGGUAGUGGAGGGGGAUCCGAACCUGCGAUACGUGGCAUUGCUGGCUUUCGUCAAGAUCACGAGCUCACACGCCGAUCUUGUCUCCCAGCAUCAGGAUGUCAUAUUGGAGUGUAUUGAUGAUGCCGACAUAUCGAUUCGAACACGAGCACUGGACUUGGUAGCUGGAAUGGUGAACGCGAACAACCUGCAGACUGUCGUCGAGAGAUUGCUGCGCCAGCUGAGAAGUGCUGGUAAGGCUUCUGCUGUGGACGAGCAGGAGCAUGACCGAGCGGCUCAUGAUGGCAUAAUACCCAUGGCCGAUGAUGAAGAAGACUCUCAAGCAACUAUCCGUGCGAGGGAGCAAAAAUCCAAACAGGCCCCGCCAUUACCCGACGACUAUCGCACGUCUGUGAUUGAGCGAAUUGUGGAUAUGUCCUCGCGCGAAACUUACACCAAUCUGAACGACUUUGAGUGGUAUGUUGGUGUACUGGUAGAAUUGGUCAAGCAGUGCCCAUCGUCCUCAUCUACAGGGAAGUUUGGCAUUCUGUCCAACCCGGUGGAGAAGGAUCAGUUGGGAAUCGCAGACCUUAUUGGCUCGGAACUACUCAACGUGGCAGUGCGAGUGAAGGCUGUGCGCCCUGAAGCCGCUGCAGCCGCACAGUCUCUUCUUAUGAUUGAGCAGCGAGAAACACUCUUUCCAUCAGGAAGUACUGGUGGACAGGGCGUGUUGAGAGCGGCGGCAUUCGUCGCUGGAGAGUAUGCGAAUAUGUUGCCCGAUACUGAAGCCGUCCUGACGUCUCUGUUGCAUUCGUCUUGCGCUCAGCUUCCUGCCACCACGCUGAUGAGCUACCUACAAGCAAUACCCAAGGUGUUCACGGCUCUGACAUCUAGCCAGGAGAUCUCAUGGAGUUCGACACGAAAAGGCACCAUUAACUUACUCAUUGCUCGGGUAGUGCACUUUCUGGAGCCCUUGACAUUGCAUCCCAAUUUAGAGGUCCAGGAACGCGCAGUGGAGUAUCUAGAUUUAAUGCGUCUCGCGUCUGAGGCUGCAUCCAACCAGGAUGUUGAUACCGACGGCUACGCCGAGCCUCCACUGUUGCUCACCCAAGCCAUACCGGCACUCUUCUCUGGCAUGGAGCUCAAUCCGGUGGCAGCAACAGCUAUCCGUAAAGUCCCACAGCCAGAGGACUUGGACCUCGACACGCCUAUCAACAGCGAAUUGCACAUGAUUUUGAGUCAGGCAGACUAUGACACCGGGUUCGAGGACAACAACGAUGACGUCUAUAGAUUCUACCACGAGAAGCCCUCUGCGGUCAAGUCCGCUUUUGCAAGACCCGCAGCAGAUCUUCUCGAACCACCCACCGCGAGUCGCUCGACGUCUUAUCAAUCUGGUGAUGAUGAGAGUGUCGAUCGCGAGUCUCUUCUGCGGAAAAAAGCCGAGCGACGCGAGCGCUACAAGGAUGAUCCUUACUACAUUGAUUCCGAACGCGGUUCAGGUGCAUCGACACCAAUGCACAAUAUCUUGCGGAACGCCAAUGGUGAAGACCUUGAUGUUGACGACAUUCCCGUCAUGGAACUGAAGCUCGACCCUGGGGAGACAGCACAGGAGAGACAUCGGCCAAUUCCUUCACAUCCAGUCCGCAAACAAAAGAAGCACUUUGAAAUUGCCGCAGACGAGACGCUGGGCGGAGAUGAUGUUCCUGCCUCGUACUCUUCAAGUCCUUCGAAGGCGUCGGCCAAAGCGAAGAAAUCGCUGUUGCAAUUGGAUAGUAGCGGGCUCUCAUCGCUUUCGUUGGAUGACACAUCGGUAAAUCGCUUGCCUGGCGGAAGCAGACUGGAUGUCGAGAGGCGACUGGCAGAGGAAGAAGAAAUGACGCGAGCUAUCAAGGAGGUCGAGAGGCUGAGGUUGGAGAUGCAAAGAGCCCAGGAGAGGAUCCAGCCUAAAGAUAUACCUGAAGAAGGCACCGUUGUCAAACGUAAGAAGAAGAAGAAGGAGAGGAAGGUGGACAUAUUGGGCGAUGAUGCUGGCGGCGAGGGCGAGGAUGGGACCGGCGUGGCCAAGAAAAAGAAAAAGAAAAAGAAGCCAAAGGAAGGUGACUCCGCCCAGAAGGAGGCCGAGCCGGUCGAUGAAGAUGCUGCACCUGUCAAGGCCAAGCGGAAGAAGAAGCGGCAGGUCACAUUUGACGAUGAUCAUGAUGAAGCAGGCGCAUAG